AUGGCGGAUAUCAAAAACCUCAACGGCUUAUUUCGACUCGAUGGGAAGAUUGCUGUUGUCACCGGUGGUUCUCGUGGAAUAGGUCUCUAUGCUGCUACGGCUUUCCUCCAAGCUGGCUGUGCCAAAGUCAUCAUCACUGCUCGAGAUGCCAAUAACUUGUCGGCCGCUGUCCACAAGUUGAACUCCCUGGCCGACAUAUCGGGACGAGCCGUGGCAAUCCCCGCAAACGUGGGACAUACCGACCAGAUUGAACGGUUCGUCAAGGAUGUAGAGAAGGAAGUGAAGAAGGACGGAUGCCAUGGCGGAGUGGACAUCCUAGUUGCCAAUGCGGCAGCUAGCUGGGGCGGCCCUUUCGAAGAUUUUGAGGAUUGGAAGAGUAUUAAGACGUUGGAUCUGAAUGUGAGAGGAGUCUUCAAUUUGGUGAGAUUUAUGGUCCCUCUACUUUCUCGUUCCGCGACAGUGGAAGAUCCAUCUCGCAUUCUCAUCACCUCCUCCGUCGGGGGCAUCAUAGUCCCGCACAUUGGCGCCCGUGGCUCGAUAAUGUACUCGGUGUCGAAGGCGGCUGCCCAUCACCUUGGCCGUAAUCUUGCCUUAGAGCUCGCUCCAAAACACAUCACUACCAACAUCAUUGCGCCAGGCUUCUUUCCAAGCCGUCUGGCGAAUCCGCAGAUAGAUUAUCUCGGCGGAGAAGAUUUUGUUGGCCAGCAAAAUCCACUGAGCAGAUUAGGCAGACCUCAGGAUAUUGCUGGAGUUGUCCUCUACCUUUGCAGCAAGGCCGGAAGCUAUGUUAAUGGCGAGGAUAUUAGUGUCGAUGGAGGCGCAAGGCUGAGAGUUGGUCAGCAUCCAGAAGCGGAGAGGAGGGACAAUAAGCUGUGA